AUGGAGCACGAGAAGGGCACCGCCACAAACGGCGCAAGCAAUGGAACUGCCAGUGCCCAGGCCCCUCGCACCAAGAUUUGCGUCUUUUGCGGAUCAAGUGCUGGUGCGAGCCCUGCUCACAUGGAGGCGGCACGGCAACUAGGCGAGAUCAUGGCCAAGAACAACAUCGACUUGGUGUACGGCGGCGGCACGGUCGGUCUAAUGGGCGAGGUCGCCAAAACCGUCUGUUCCAUCAACGGCCCCGACUCGGUACAUGGCAUCAUCCCCGAAGCUCUGGUGCGAUAUGAGCGAGAUGGAACGUACCAAACCCUCAGCCGAGACAACCAGUUUGUCCCCAGCGAGUCCAUGUACGGCCGCACCACAGUCGUCAAGGACAUGCACACGCGCAAGAAGCUCAUGGCCGAGGAGGUGUUUAGCGGCGGUCCCGGAAGCGGCUUCAUCGGCUUGAGCGGCGGCUACGGCACCAUGGAGGAAGUCUUCGAGGUCAUUACCUGGAACCAGCUGGGCAUUCACACCAAGGGCAUCUGCUUGCUCAACGUUGAGGGAUACUGGGACGGUAUUGUGCAGUGGAUUGCCAAAGCUUCGGAGCAGGGCUUCGUCAAGCCGGGAAACGACAAUAUUCUGGUAUCGGCAACGGAUGCCGAGGGCGCAGUCAAGGCUCUGCGGGACUACAGAGUCUCGGAGGCUACGUUCAAGCUGAAAUGGGGCACGCAAUAA